AUGGCAACCGCUGAAGCAAAAAAGCCCAAGGCACCGAAUUGGACUGAAGAGGAAACGCUACAACUGGUGCAGGAGGUCGAGCUGCACAAACAUACCAUAAACAAAAAGUUUUCGAAAGACGUGACAACCCAAACGAAACGCAAAGCGUGGAAAGAGGUCACGCUAGUUUUGAACAGUAGGUUUCCCCACCACCACAGAUCGCAGGCAGGAGGCAAGAAGAGAUGGGACAACGUAUGCACGGGAAUGGGGCGGAGGCAAUACUCCGAAAUUCGAAAAAACAUGAACAAGACAGGUGAAAAGGGCCAGGUUGUAGAUAUACCGCCUGUCAUGUCCGCUGUCCUUGACGUCAUAGGGGCAGAGUCGGCAGGCGUCAUUGGGAUUGCUGGAGGGAUUGAUAGCGCAGAGACUCCAGAGGAACUGCUGAUGGCCACACAGCGAGAUGAGGGUUCCUCCACCAUUGACGCAGCUACUGACAUUCUCCCAGAUGAGCCAGCAGAACCAUUUGGGCCGUCCUUGCCCCCCGAUGUCCACCAAUUACCAAGAGGUAGCCCUCCGCAGUCAGCCCCACGUCGAAGCCGCAGUCGCAGUGCAGGUGCUCGUAGAAAGAAAAAGGAGCCAUCUGCACAGUUAUAUGAUGAGGACCUGAAAUUGGAAAAACAAAAAACUCCAGCUGGAAAUGGAAGCAUUGGCGGAAAGAAAGAUGUUUUACGAACAGGGAGUAGUGACAAUGCUCCAGGCACAGAAUGUUUUUUUAAAAUGACUGAAUUUCUUAGAGGACAGAUGGAAAAACAGAAGAAAGAGUAA